AUGAAUCUGUAUGAGAAUGAUGCGGGCACUGGAGGGUCACUCACAGCAAAGCGUCUGUUUGAUUUUCAGAUCAGCAUCUUCAUGACCCAUCUGUCCAACUACGGCAACGACCGCCUGGGUCUGUACACGUUUGAAAGCCUGGUGAAGUUCGUCCAGUGUUGGACUAACCUGAAACUGCAGACGCUACCACCAGUGAAACUAGCAGCCAAGUACUUCGAGCUGUUCCCUGAGGAAAAGGACCCCUUGUGGCAGAACCCAUGUGAUGACAAACGACAUAAGGACAUUUGGUCGAAAGAGAAAACCUGCGACAGGCUUCCUAAGUUUCUCAUUAUCGGUCCACAGAAAACUGGUACCACAGCUUUGCACUUUUUCCUCUCCUUGCAUCCUGGAGUCACAAGUAAUUUCCCCAGCCCAGUCACCUAUGAGGAAAUUCAGUUCUUCAAUGGAGCUAAUUAUAACAAAGGAAUUGACUGGUAUAUGGAGUUCUUCCCAAUCCCGUCAAAUGCGAGCACGGAUUUCAUGUUCGAGAAGAGUGCAAAUUACUUUGAAUCGGAAGUGGUCCCCAAGAGGGCGAUGGCCCUACUGCCCAGAGCAAAGAUCAUUGCCAUUCUGAUCAAUCCAGUAGAACGAGCAUACUCCUGGUACCAGCACCAGAGAGCUCACCAUGACUCGGCAGCCCUGAACUACACCUUCUACCAGGUGAUCACAGCCGGACCUGAUGCACCAAGGGAAGUCCGUGUCCUCCAGAACCGUUGCUUGCUGCCUGGCUGGUAUGCCACCCACAUCGAACGGUGGCUAACUUUUUACCAACCUUCUCAGUUUCUUGUUGUCAAUGGCCUACAGUUACGGAACAACCCUGUGGCUGUCAUGGAAACCGUACAGAAAUUCCUUGGUGUUACCCCUCACUUCAACUACACUCGAGCUCUGAUGUACGAUGACAACAAGAAUUUCUGGUGCCAGAUGGUGGAAGGUGGCAAAUCAAAAUGUUUGGGCAAAAGUAAAGGAAGAAAAUAUCCAGAGAUGGAUUCAUCGUCACGGACAUUCCUGACCAAUUACUACAGGGAGCAUAACAUCGAACUAUCGAAACAGCUAAACAAACUGGGACAGGCACUGCCUAGUUGGCUGAGGGAGGAGCUGCAACAUACCAGCUGGAGCUGAAUGGUGCAGGUUGUGGUCAACUGAUGGCCACCAUUCUUUGGACACUUCCAUGCCCUCUGACCUCUCUCCCCAUUUCACCGACUCCCAGCUCAAGUGAUGCCGGCUGAGUGCUCGAGGAGGCGAUGGAAUUCGAUAGGUUCCUGAGGACACCUUUGCAAAGGCUUGAUGUUUCAACUUCAUGAAGGCUCCUCUCGUGUGGGCCACUUCCAGGCUUUGCAAUGAACCAGGACCAAUCUGGUGAGCAGUGGAACCCACAUUCAUGACAGCUUCCCCCCCCCCCCUGCCCCAAGUCCUUGUAGCGUCGAAGUGUGUCUGCUAGUGUCAAACCUUGGAAUGAUCGUUACAUCAACUGCUUUUACAACAGUAGUAUCCUGUUCACCAAACACUGACAUUAGUUUAUACCCCACACCAUGUCUUAACAACACUGCUGUACCACUAAGUACUAAAUAUGUACAUAUUAGGCCCAAGCCAGUAAUUCACAGCUAACUGGGCAUACGGAUCACAACGGCACAGGACCAGUUACUCAUAAUAUCCCACUUUGAACAGUCACUAAAGGCCAACGUUUGGAAAAUGACAUUUUCAAAAACGCGCAACUUUAGUUUCUAAACAAAAACAUCAGUGUUGGUGUGAAAACUUUCCAAUCGUGGACUAUUAAACGUUCCCUUCCCCACUGCCGCCCUCACCCCACACACAGCUUUCAAAACAUCCUAAGGUGAGGAAUCCAUCGUCUCCUGGAGGAGGAAGUGGAGCGGACCUCCUCAGCGCAGUACGCCUCACCUAUUGUGUCAUUCACAUUGAAUGAUGUUAUUGGAGAAUUUUACUCUCAAGAGGUUGAACAUAUUUUCUGAGAUGCAACAUCCAGUGGAUUGAGUUUUUUUUGGUGUAAAUUUUGUGGUUGAUGUGAUGUACUUUGCAAGGCCUUAAAACUCUCUCCACGACAGCUGGGUGGACUAUACCUUUCAUGAUGUACAAAGACAAUCCAGCUUACAAAAGUCAGGUGCCUGGAAAUCCUCGCUCAACUGUGAAAUAAACCCAAAAGAAAUAGCAAAAACUUGGCAAGUUAAAAAUUGACCUCCCUCAAUGUGUUGUUAACUUCAAUCUAAGCAUCUCCAUUCCAAAGCCAAGCAUUUAAUAUAGGGCCUUUCAGAGCAGAGUACUGCGUUUUUUUUGUGUGUACUUUAAUCAAAAAUAAUUGUGUAUGUAUUCAACACAACACAGAAAUGAUUGGAUAAUAAAGUUUCUUUUUGUUGUCAACAAAA